AUGGCAUUCCAGACAGCCUCCCUGCUGGCCUUCAGCCUGCUGAUCCUCUGGGUCUCCCCUGCUCUGGGAGGUGCCAACGAUGCUGAAGACUGCUGCCUGUCUGUGACCCAGCGCCCCAUCCCUGUAUUCCUGGUGCGAGCCUACCGCUACCUGCUCCUCAAGGAUGGCUGCAGGCUGCCUGCCGUCGUGUUCACCACGCAGAGAGGCCAUGAGCUCUGUGCACCCCCAGACCAGCCAUGGGUGGACCGCAUCAUCCGUAGACUGAAGAGGAACUCUGCCAGGAGAAGUGUUCCAGUAGCUACCCCAUGA